GGCUUCAUCUCACUGUGGGCAGUAGCAGCAUCGAGCCGCAACCGCGUCCCGUUGCACACCGUGUGUGCACUCAUUAACACCGGUCGGCAGCGCCGCCUUCCACAAAACCCCGCCCACUGCUGCUACUCCUCCUCCUGCCGAUCGAUCCUCCUGCAAAUCCUCCAAACCCUGCCUCCUCCUCCCCUCCGUCCUGUGUUUAUUCCUGUCAUUCGUCUGCAGAGGUCGACGGCGGCGGCGGCGGCUACCAUGCGCGCGGCGGCGGCGGGGGCCUUGCAGCGGGCGCACGCGCGACCGCUGUUUUCAGGCAACCAUUCGUGUGGACCGAGAAAUAGGGCUCGGUUGGGAGCAAGGGAAUCCUCAUCGGCAGGUCAAUUGUGCGUAGAAGCUUCAGCAGGCCACUGGCAAAGUCAAGUGAUAUGUCUUAAUAUAGGUUCUACGAGAACCACAGGGAGGCAGUGCUGCGGACAUUCUUCAGUCCUCAAGGUGACAUGCCGUGCAGCUAGUCAUAAUCAACAUAAUUUCAAUGUCGAGCAGUUUAAGGCAGUUGGAAUCGAAGUUACAGAGAAGUUGGGUGCUUUCUACCGGUUUUGUCGACCCCACACAAUCUUUGGCACUAUAAUAGGCAUUACUUCAGUGUCUCUCCUGCCAAUGAAAAGCCUGGAUGAUUUUAGUGUGACAGUUCUAUGGGGAUUUCUUGAGGCUUUAGCCUCCGCUUUAUGUAUGAACAUUUAUGUCGUAGGGCUGAAUCAGCUAUUUGACAUUGAGAUUGAUAAGGUCAAUAAGCCAACUCUCCCAUUGGCAUCUGGAGAGGUUUCAGUGGCAACUGGAGUAUUGUUAGUAGUGACAUUCUUAAUAAUGAGCAUUAGCAUCGGAAUACGAUCCAAAUCUGCUCCGUUGAUGUUUGCUUUGCUUGUCAGCUUCCUUCUUGGAACUGCAUACUCUAUUGAUGUUCCAUUACUCCGGUGGAAACGGCACGCCUUUCUCGCUGCAUUAUGCAUACUUUUUGUGAGAGCUAUAUUGGUUCAGUUAGCCUUCUUUACACACAUGCAGCAUCAUGUUCUGAAGAGACCCUUGGCACCCACAAAGUCUGUAGUCUUUGCGACAUUUUUCAUGUGUUGUUUCUCUGGGGUAAUAGCACUAUUCAAGGAUAUUCCUGAUGUCGAUGGAGACAGAGAUUUCGGCAUCCAGUCGUUGAGUGUGCGCUUGGGCCAACAAAGAGUGUAUUGGCUCUGCAUAAACAUACUAUUGACAGCAUAUGGGGCUGCCAUUUUGGCAGGAGCAUCAUCUGCAAGCCUAUAUCAAAAGAUUGUCACUGUGUUAGGCCAUGGCCUUCUUGCUUUUGCACUUUGGCAGAGAGCACGGCAAUCUGAUAUUGCGAAUAAGGCAUGUAUCACAUCAUUUUACAUGUUCAUUUGGAAGUUGUUCUACGCUGAAUAUUUCCUUAUACCAUUUGUGUAGUGAGAGUCAUACGAGGAAAAGUACAUCUGGCAUAGACAUGUAAAACACAUUAUGUGGGGGCGUGGGGCCUAAUGCUAAUGAUUGUAUUCGAUGCUUGGAAUGUGUAAUCAUUAUCUGUACUAACUAUAUUCAUCAUCUGUACCACCACAGUCCGGAGUUAAGGGUAGAAAAAAUGUAAGAAAUAUAUUUAUCGUUGUAAUAAUCACUUUACCGUGUAGUAAUCAAAU